CAAAGCUGUCCUGAUGGUAGUAGAGGUCAAAGGUCGCUCGGAGGUGAUGGAGGGGAACCAGCAGAGAGUGGACGCCAACAUCCUGCUGCUGGGAGCUCACAACGUUGGCAAGUCAGCUCUAACCGUCAGAUUUCUGACCAGGAGAUUCAUUGGAGAAUAUGGAGACAUUGAGUCUGUUUACAGUCGAGUCGACAGAAUCGAUGGUCAGGAAAUCUGUUUCAACAUCUGGGACUCACAGGAUGGACAAACGUUAUCAUCCCUGAGUGACAAACAGCUGCAGUGGGCCGAUGGGAUGAUCCUCGUCUACAGCAUCUGUGACCGUGGUAGCUUCGAUGUGGUCCAACAGCAGCUGCAGCAGAUACGUCGACACAGGAAGCCAUCGUCCGUUCCCAUCAUCAUCGUCGGCAACAAACGUGACCUGCGCCGUCACCGCAGCGUCUCCAGCGAGGAGGGCCGCCUGCUGGCCAUGUCACAGCGCUGUGGCUUCUUCGAGGUGUCAGCGGCGGAGACGUACCACGGGGUCCUGCUGGUCUUCCAUGGUCUUGUCGAACUGGUCAAGGAGUCCAGAGCCCUGAGGAAGGCCACAGCUGGGGUCAGAGGCAUUGUCCGGAGUGUGUCGGCCGUUUUCAGCAAGAAACGAAACGACUAGACAAGAAUAUCAGACUAUGAAGAGAGUAGAACGAUAGCAGAGUGUUAUUCAGAGACAGGAUGGACUGAGGCAGGUCGAGUGGAGGAUUCUGGGAUUGAAGAUGAUGACGGAAAAGAAAAGUUGUACCGAUGUUUGGAUUUAGAGCAAUAGGAUUGGACAGGAUGGGACUUUUACUCCACAGGAGAAAACCACACUUUAAUCCACUGUGUUUUAACUCUGCUGGUCAGAUGAUAUUCCAGGUUUUAUUUAGUACAGUGGUAUCAAACAUACUGCCCGCGGCCCAAAACUGGCCCACCAAAGGGUCCAAUCUGGCCUGUGGGAAGUGCCAAACUUACACUGAGGAUAUAACACUCAAGGCUAUAAUUUAGUUCAGGGGCCACAACCAGUCCAUGAUGUAAAGUGUGUCAACAAUAAAAUAUUAGUGUAAAAGUGGUCAAAGAUUGGGGGGUUAGUGGUCUGUGAACUGAAGGUACUUUACUAUUCCUCAAACUCUCCGGGUCCACUCCACUGCUGGAUGGGUCCCCCAGGAAUGCUGGGCCCCAUUAAUUUGUCAUGCCCCCCCCACCACCACCACCACCACCACCACCACCACCGCCAACAGCGGCCCAGGCUGCAGGCGCCAAUGUUAAUACUGAUAUGUCGGGACUGCAGGAGUAAAUGCGGCAUUCCUGUUUUCAACUUCAUUUCCUGUCAUGCAGCAUGGUACUGCGCUGCCAUGAUUAUAAGGCAAUUGUAUUCCAAAAUGAGUAAUAUCUCCAAAAAUCUUGAUCCUAUCAACUUGCCAAGAUAUUUAAUGUGAAGAUGGGACUAUUCCUCAACUGUAGGUACCAAAUUGGCCAGGUAAAAACAUCUCAAUUUGUCAGAAUCGUGCCGACACACACACAGAUGCUCUGGGCCCUUCCAGUAUUAUGAUACAGAUUUUACUGGCCACUUGAGAUUGGAUUGCAUGUGGCCCCUGAACUAAAAUGAGUUUGACAUCAUGGUUUAGUAUGUGAGGCUGCUGGGCCCACCAUGAAAAACCUUCACUGGCUUGUGCGCAUUGAUACAGUGUACUUCUCUGUAUCAAUUCCUUUUCUGAUUCACCAUCAGUUUUAUUCAGGUUUUCACUGUUAAUACAACAGUUUUAAAUGUGUUACUGUUUUAUUUACUUAAUUUUUCUUGUUGAGUUUCAAUCAGUGUAGAUACAUGAGUUUAACGUCAUUGUUUUACAUCUUCCAGCUGUCAGAAACAGGGUUAUUGUUAUUAGCAAAGACUAAAUAUAAACCUAGUGAAAAUUUUUGUUUUGUUGACAAAAUGUAAAUAAAAAUGUCAGCUUGUAAAAACAUGAAACUCUAGACAAAACCUGAAAAUGAUACACAAACUAAAUGAAAAACAAUUGGAGGUGAAAGUCAUCUUAUUUUUUUCUCAAAUGUUAAUAGGUCAAAACAAAAGGCACGAAAGCUAAAUAAAACCCAAACCAACUGACUAAGAGUAGUUAAAUCCUCUAAAUUAAAAUUGAAACUAAAAGACAAGUUAAACUGAGGAAAACAAAACAACUUAAAGACUUAAUGAAAAUGAAAACUCAGACUUCGGUUAUGAUUUCAAUCUGUGACUGAAUUUAAUCAUCACAUCAGGAGUUCACUGAUGUUACAGUUUAUGAUCAAAUACUGUGUUGAACUUUGAGUUUAGUAUAAAAGUGAGUUUCUGCAGGUUCAGGAAGUGAAUUCAGGAUCUUUAAGAUAAUGUUACUGAUAAUACAUGACUGUAUUAUUUUUAUUGUAUUGCAUUUUUCUGCAAGAAUAUUUACACACUUUUGUGAGAAAUCUGCACAUAUUGAUGUGAAACAACCUCUUGUGACUUGUUGUGAUAUGUAGAGUCAUAUUAGUGUAAAUGUUCAUGUCAGAUGUGUUUUAAUAAAGCAGAAUCAAACUAUG